UAAUACUCCUAAGCACUUUGGGUUCCGCUGUGUUGCCGAUGGCGAGUCUACGCUGCAUCAGUGGCCUAUUUGGAGCUCGGCUUCCAAAACCGAGAAAUCUCGACAACCCCAUCUCUAAAACCCUCCCAAAAUACUCAUCAUCGAGGAAGAUCGUAUCACAAAUGGCGGAUCUUCCGACCCAGUUGGCUUUAUCGCCGACUAGCUCUCUCAAAAUCCAGAAAGGGGACAUCACCAAGUGGUUCGUUGAUGGCUCUUCCGACGCUAUCGUUAAUCCAGCAAAUGAACGAAUGCUUGGAGGUGGUGGUGCUGAUGGAGCCAUACAUAGAGCUGCUGGUCCAGAGCUUGUAGCAGCUUGCUAUAAGGUCCCAGAAGUUCGACCCGGAAUUCGCUGCCCUACUGGAGAAGCAAGAAUUACCCAAGGUUUUAAAUUGCCUGCAGCUCAUGUAAUUCACACUGUUGGGCCAAUUUAUGACGUUGAUAGCAACCCUGAAGCCUCUCUUAAAAGUGCAUACGCGAACUGCUUGAGUCUCGCCAAAGAGAAUAACGUUCAGUAUAUCGCCUUUCCUGCCAUAUCUUGUGGUGUUUUUGGAUAUCCUCAUGAUGAAGCUGCCACAGUGGCUAUAUCCACUGUCAAAGAGUUUGGGAAAGACUUAAAAGAGGUGCACUUUGUUCUCUUCGCGGAUGACAUCUAUAAUGUUUGGUUGAAUAAGGCAAAUGAAUUGCUCCAAAAUUAAUUAGAGUUCAGCCUGCAGCCUGCAGCCUGCAACAAUAGAAGAUGCAGUAGUUUUGAUUUAUCUAAUUUUGAAGUGAAAAUAAUUAUUAUCAUGAUAUGUUGGCAUAUGCUGGGUUACUGGAAAGGGGAAUUAUUGUAUUAUCAAGUGUGAGAUUUUUCUGGUGUUGGUGAGUGUUGUUAUUUGAAUGUAUGUAGUGUGAGAGAGCCUACUUGAUUAUUCCUGUGAACCAUCACUGCAAGAUGAAGAAAUUUCAGUUUGUAUUUAGGGUUUUGUGGUC